AUGUGGAUAAAUUCCGCCGGGCGCAAGUACAUAAGAGCGAUGCAUCCCGGGAUCAGUCCCCAGGAAGUGUUUGUGAAGGGCAGUGAGAUGUGGGGAGCCAUGGUCGAUGAGGAGAAGUUCGUGUGGCAGGAGGCGGCACGCACGGCAAUGGCCGAUUACAAGAAGAAAUUGGAGAAGUGGAAUACGCACAAAGAGCAGUCGGAGAAAACUACCCAAACGGAUGAGACGGUGGAUCGAUCUGCAUGAAGUGCGUUUAAACGUAAACGUUUUGUUGGGUCAUGCAGCCAAAACUGUG